AUGAGCGGGGAGGUGGAAUGCAGCGUGUGCCACGCCAAGGUUGCCGUGCCGGCGGCGGCCGUGUCCAAGGCCUACGACAGCCACCGGAGCACCGUGUCGUCGCGGCAGCGCGCGCUUAACGUCCUCCUCGUAUCCGGCGACUGCGUCCUCGCCGGCCUCCAGCCGAUAUUGGUAUACAUGUGUAAAGUGGAUGGGAAAUUCAAAUUUAGCCCAGUCAGUGUGAACUUCUUGACAGAGAUUACAAAAGUUAUCUUUGCCAUCAUCAUGCUGUUCUUCCAGGCUAGGCGUGUAAAGGUGGGAGAGAAGCCACUUCUCACAGUUUCAACAUUUGUGCAGGCUGCCCACAACAAUGUUCUUCUCGCGGUGCCUGCUUUUCUCUAUGCCAUCAACAAUUAUUUGAAGUUUACAAUGCAGCUAUACUUUAAUCCUGCGACAGUGAAAAUGCUGGGUAAUCUCAAGGUUCUGAUAAUUGCUGUGCUCCUAAAGGUGUUACUGAGGAGGCGUUUUUCCACAAUUCAGUGGGAAGCCCUUGCUCUGUUGUUAAUUGGAAUAUCUGUUAAUCAGCUGAAAUCACUGCCUGAAGGUUCUACUGCACUUGGUCUUCCUGUUGCAGCUGGGGCCUACCUAUACACACUAUUUUUUAUAACAGUUCCUGCAUUGGCCUCAGUUUACAAUGAAAAGGCUCUGAAAAGCCAGUUCGAUACCAGCAUAUAUCUUCAGAACUUAUUUUUGUAUGGAUAUGGUGCAAUAUUUAAUUUCCUUGGGCUUGUGAUCACUGCCCUCAUCCAAGGGCCUCGUAGCUUUCACAUUCUGGAAGGGCAUUCAAAGGCCACCAUGUUUCUUAUUUGCAACAAUGCUGCACAAGGCAUACUUUCGUCAUUUUUCUUCAAAUAUGCAGAUACAAUUUUGAAGAAGUACUCAUCCACAAUCGCCACAAUCUUUACUGGGAUAGCGUCUGCUAUACUGUUCGGUCAUACUCUGACUAUAAAUUUUGUUCUUGGAAUAUCGAUAGUAAUUAUAUCUAUGCAUCAGUAUCUCGCAAACCAAAUUAAGGAUCAAGUGCCAAGCAGCAAAAUUGAGAUGUCUGAUGCUGAGGAUGACAGCAGAUUAGAGGAAUCUGUAAUUGUCAAAGUUGACACGGUGGCAAGUGAGGCUAAACACCGCCAUGGAUCUGAUGAGAGGCAGCCACUUCUUCCCGUCUGA